AAUAGUUUUCGACUCUCAGACAGAGUCACUGCGCCAUUACACUUCCUGCUGUAACGGACUGAUACAGGAGGAAUAUAUGUGUAUAUGUAGACAGGGGACAUUUUAAACACGGUGUUUAAACCCUAAUGAGUUAAAUACCGAAUAUGUGGCGCUCUGAAAUGUGGAAACACUUCAGUUAAAGUAUCAGAUGUGUUUAUAUGAGGAACAGGAAAGGAUUUUGUUAGUCUGAAACUACAGAAAGAGAUAAAGAUGGCGACUGCAAGCAAUGAGCCUAAACUCAUUGGUCCCAGUAAUACAGAGCGGUAUAAUCGCUCUGCUGUCACUCUCUCAUGUCGUCUGUCUCCUGAAAUCAGUGCUGUUGACUUGGAGAUCCGGUGGUUUAAGGAGACAGACUGUGUUUGUGUUUAUAAGAACAGUAAGGUGACAGAGGGGAGAGGUUAUGAGGGCAGAGUGAGUCUGUUCACUCAGGAGCUGGAGAGAGGAAACGUCUCCUUACAGCUGAGAAACUGUACAGAGUCAGAUGAUGGAUAUUACCUCUGUCAGGUCACUGAUGGAGACAGAACAGAAGAGAUUACAGUAUUUAUGAAUAACACUAGCUGUCACGUGCGUGGGAUAAAAAUGGACCCAAAUGCAGGACAGCUUAACAAAAAACAGGAUUUAUUAACAUAAAAAACACGAAACAGG